AUGGCAUUCCCUUUAUCCUCCGCCAUCAUCUCUCACAAGCUCUCCUUCAAUGUCUCCAUUGCUCCCUCUACCCGAAGGUCAAGUCUCAAACGAACCCAUUUCAUAUUUUGCUUCAAUGGGAAAGACCAAGAAAGAUCAGGCCGCUGCAGAGUUCAUUGCCUGCCCAAAAAUAAUAAUCUAAAGGAACUCAAAGACCAGCAUGGUACUCUUACCAAUUCCUACAUAUCAACUAGUGGAAAUACAAACAAACUUCAAAGUCUAAUUGCUGUGAUCCUUGUGUUUGUCCAAAUAUCUUCUCCACUUCCUUUGGUUGGUUGGGACGUUUUGCCUAUAUCACCUGCAAAUGCAGUUCUUUAUUCUCCAGACACCAAGGUUCCCAGAACAGGAGAACUAGCUUUAAGGAGGGCAAUCCCUGCAUACACAAACAUGAAGACCAUACAGGAUUCCCUGGAGGAGAUUUUGUAUUUGCUAAGAAUUCCACAGAGAAAGCCUUAUGGAACCAUGGAGGGAAAUGUGAAGAAAGCUUUAAAGAUAGCAACAGAUGAAAAGGAUUCAAUUCUGGCAAGCAUACCAACAGACUUGAGGGAGAAGGGCUCCACAUUAUAUGCAUCUCUUAUUGAUGGAAAGAAUGGAUUGCAAGCUCUUCUUGCAUGUAUAAAGGAUAAAGACCCAGAUAAAGUAUCAGUAGGCCUCGCAUCUUCACUGGAUACCAUUGCUGAGCUGGAGUUAUUACAGGCUCCAGGCUUGUCAUUUUUGUUACCCGAGCAAUACAAUAGAUACCCGAGGCUUACAGGGAGAGGAAUUGUUGAAUUGACCAUAGAGAAAGGUGAUGGUUCAACAUUUUCUCCUGAAGCCGGUGGUGAACCAAGAAAGACUGCCAAAAUUCAGGUUGUUAUAGAUGGAUAUUCAGCACCAUUAACAGCAGGGAAUUUCGCAAAACUGGUAAUUGAUGAGGCAUACAAUGGGGCAAAGCUCCGCUCUACUGACCAAGCUGUUCUUUCAGACAACGGUCCUGACAAGAGCAAUGGUUAUAGUGUUCCUCUAGAGAUAAAGCCAUCUGGGCAAUUUGAGCCCUUGUACAGAACAAAAUUAGAUGUGCAGGAUGGGGAAUUGCCAACUCUUCCACUAUCUGUUUAUGGAGCUGUUGCUAUGGCGCAUAGUGAAGUCAAUGAGGAGUACUCAUCGCCGUAUCAGUUUUUCUUCUAUCUUUAUGAUAAAAGAAAUGCUGGCUUGGGAGGGUUAUCUUUUGAUGAAGGAGAAUUCUCAGUUUUUGGAUAUGCAACUGCUGGGAGAGAUAUUCUCUCACAGAUAAAAACAGGAGAUGUGAUUCGAUCUGCAAAGCUGAUCGAAGGUCAAGAUCGUCUUGUAUUGCCAGAUGAGAAGUGA